AGGGGUCACUCAGUCGUGAAAUAAAUUAACGAACAGUAUAUGAUCUGAGACUAUUGAUGUGAUUUAGAAAGAAAAAAAAGAUUUAUUGCUUAAAGCUUGAGAACUUUUUAGACAAUAUAUUUUUGAGGGCGCAACAGGUAUUCUAAAUACUAGUGUGACCUUGAUUUUUAUUGCAUAACGUGUUUUCGUUCUUGUCCGUUGGUGUUUGUUUUACGGUUUGGUUUUGGUACGGUUUAGUGUCAAGUGAAGGACAAACUCCACUACCCCGUAACCAAUAGCAACUUCUGAAAUCACGGACAGUAUAGUCAAAGAGGUAAAAAAAGUCCGGUUUGCAAUGUCGAUACCUUUUGUUGACAUGGACCAAGACGACGAUGGAGUCGGCUAUGUGUCUGAGAGUCAUUACCUUAAAAGUCCAACCGUAGCUGAACAACAGGCCAUGAGACUCCUUAGUGUACCUUCCAGAGGUGGCAGGGAGGGUAGCAUAUCUUCGAACGUUAGUGAUUUGGAUGUGCCGAUUUAUAGUAGCGAGAACUUGACUACUAGGCCGUUAAGGGAGGUGCCUUCGGGUUUUAAUGGGAGACUUGCUUUUGCCAUUGCCGCGUCUGUACUGGGCUCGUCAUUCCAACAUGGGUAUAAUACUGGAGUACUCAAUAAUCCACAGCCAGUUAUUGAAAACUGGAUCAACUCCACGAUUAUCGAGCGGACUGGACAAAUCCCUCAACCGGAUACCAUUGUUUUCAUCUUUUCGCUUAUGGUGUCAAUUUUUUGUGUAGGUGGUAUGAUCGGAGGAGCCAUUACAGGGUUUGUUGCUGAAAUGUUUGGCCGUAAAGGUGGUUUACUUCUAAACAAUAUCCUCGUCUUACUCUCUGUCGUUUGCAUGUCAUCAGCUAAGGCUGCUUCAUCAUAUGAACUGAUUAUUUUCGGAAGAUUCAUUAUUGGAAUUAAUUCUGGUCUCAAUGCUGGCCUGGCUCCAAUGUACCUAGCAGAAAUUUCUCCAGUUAACCUCAGGGGAGCAGUGGGUACCGCUUAUCAGUUGGUCAUCACAAUUUCAAUCUUGAUCGCUCAGAUAAUUGGAUUGGGCAGUCUUCUUGGUACCGACGAGCAUUGGCCCACUUUAUUAGCUCUUACUAUUAUUCCGGCCAUUUUUCAAGUGGCAACACUACCAUUCUGCCCCGAAACUCCCAAGUAUCUCCUGCUAUCUAAGGGACGAGACAUGGAAGCUCAAAAGGCUCUAUCAUGGCUCCGCGGCACCGUGGCUGUCCAUGACGAAAUGGAAGUGAUGAGAGCCGAGUACGACGCCAUGAAGAUGGUCCCCAAAGUUACCAUUAGAGAAUUAAUCACUAACAGCUCCUUAAGAAUACCUUUAAUCAUCGCUUUAACUGUUAUGGUUGCCCAGCAGUUAUCCGGAAUCAACGCUGUUAUGUUCUUCUCAUCUGAAAUCUUUACUAUGGCUAAAGUGAGCAAAGCAGACGCUCCAUUCGUGACCCUCGGCUUGGGAGCAAUCAAUGUACUGAUGACUGUCGUUUCUUUGUUCCUGGUUGAAAAAGCUGGAAGGAAAACUUUGCUGCUGAUUGGUUUUGCUGGUAUGGCUAUUGAUACUUUGCUGUUGGCGAUCACUAUGAAGCUUGCUAAUCUUCACCAAGCAGUGGGCAUCCUUUGCUGCUUCUUCGUCUUCGUUUACAUUAUAAUGUUUGCCUCUGGCCCUGGUUCCAUUCCAUGGUUUUUGGUGUCCGAACUCUUCAACCAAUCAGCAAGACCUACAGCCAGCGCCUUGGCCGUGUGCAUCAACUGGACAGCAAACUUUUUGGUUGGGUUAGCUUUCUUGCCCUUAGCUAAAAUGAUGGGAGCGUAUGUGUUUUUGAUAUUCGUCGUACUCCAGUCACUAUUUUUGCUUUUCAUUUAUAAGAAAGUGCCAGAAACGAAAAACAAAUCAUUGGAAGAGAUAUCAGCUAUAUUCAGGCAGCAGUCCUACCAAUAAAUAAAAUAAUUUUAAGCAUAAAAAGGAGAUAUUCAGUAUUUUAAUAUUUUAAAGCAAAACGUCUAUCAUUGUUACGAAAAAUAAAUUGUAAAUAUGGACUUUAAGUGAUAAGCAACUUCGCUUAAAAGGCCCUGUUUAGUGUCAUAUUGAUAAUACAUAUUAUAGUUUACGUAUAAGUGUACUGACUGAUAUAACAAAUUUAUUUUUAUUAAUGAAUUUUGUGACUAUACAAAAGCAGGUUUUUGAUUUGUAUAUUUUAGUGAAAUGACUUAUUUAUUAUUAGUUUUUUUGAGCUCUCUAGUUAUAAUUCUUAUUCUAGUUUUUGUACUGUACCCAGUAAAUAGGUACAUUAAGAUCUCUCAGAAUUUGAAUAUUAAUAAAAGACAUUCUUUUAUAUACUAAAAAGUGUCAUAUUCUUAGAAGCGAAUUCAUUUAUUUAUUUUAUUAAAAAAUCAACAUGCUUUAGUAAUUUAUCGAGGUCUUAAUCUAUAAAAGACGCUAUAUAGAUAUAUAAUAAUAUUGUGCAAAUAUAUUUUUGUUAGAUGUAUGUUCACACUGUAAAUGUUUAAAUAAAUAAUUUACCGUAAUUUAUCGUUUUGUUUAUAGGAAAUUUAUUAGGUUCGCCUAUUAGUUUAAUUUUAGAAUAAAGUUUAGGUUUUUAAUAGUUUUUGUUUAGUUUUUAUUGAGAAACCGCAGGUUACAGAAAUAUAAAAUCAAAAAUGUC